UCCAUCCUGGGGCCGACACCGGAGGAUGUUCCCUGCUCAGGAGGAAGCCGACAGGACGGUGUUUGUGGGGAACUUAGAGGCCCGAGUGCGGGAGGAGAUUCUCUACGAGCUGUUUCUCCAGGCUGGGCCACUAAGCAAAGUGACUAUAUGCAAAGACAGAGAAGGAAAGCCGAAGUCGUUUGGAUUUGUCUGCUUUAAACACCCAGAAUCGGUGUCUUAUGCCAUAGCUUUACUGAAUGGAAUUCGUUUGUAUGGAAGACCAAUUAAUGUGCAGUAUCGAUUUGGGAGCUCUCACUCUUCUGAACCAGCUAACCAAAGUUUUGAGAGCUAUCUUAAGAUAAAUUCACACAGCUACAGGAAUGAAGAAAUGGUGGGCAGAUCUUCCUUUCCCAUGAAUUUUUUUCCAGUUAAUAAUACUGCUUUACCUCAAGAAUAUUUUUUCUAUCAGAAGAUGCAGUGGCAUGCAUAUAAUCCAGUGCUGCAGCUUCCUUACUAUGAGAUGACAGCUCCACUUUCUAAUAGUGCCUCCGUGUCUUCCUCACUAAAUCAUGUUCCAGAUCUUGAGGCUGGACCCAGCUCAUAUGAGUGGACUCACCAACAAUCAAGUGACUCUGACCUUUAUCAGAUGAAUGAGCGAAAGAGGCAAAAGCAAACAAGUGAUAGUGAUAGUAGCGCAGAAAACAACCGAGGAAACGAAUAUAGCCAAAAGUUCAGAAAGUGUAAGAAGAAGAAAAGAUAUUAAUAUUACCUUCAAAUGAAAUUUAUCUACAGUGGUCUUAAUUCUCUUUUAAAAAAAUCUAUCUGUAUUCUACCAAAUGACUAAUUUCAUGGCUGUCUUGUAUUUUGAAAUAGAAAACAAUGUGACUUAUUUCUGAUUUGCUAUUCAGUUUUUGCCUUGAAUGACAAAGCUUUUUAAAAAUAACAUAUUGUACUACUUUUGUAUUUGCCUUAUUUUUGCCUCAUUGUCAAUCAGAAAUAUUUUUUGUGUCAUUUUAUUUUAGUACUGAUUAUGAAAUUCCACUAAAGUAUUAAUCAGAAGUCACUUACUGAACACUUACUGAACCAUGUUCUCUCUAGAUUAUCACCUGUAACCAAUCCUCAACUACAGAUAGACUGAGAUUAGAAAUGGAGUGGUGGAUUUUCUAAGAAAGUAGUGCAAGUAUUUAAGUGUUGCAUGUUGUUUCUGUUGAAGUUGUGAUAAACAGGCUUUAGGUUUUUGUAUUAAUAACAUUUUGUUUUUUUGUGUCUAAAUAUGUCUCUAAGCUGUAUUCUUCUUCAGAUUUAUUUUAUAAAGUGAAGACAUAUGACAAUAAUGCCAAAGGAAAGAUAAUUACCAUGGGACCAGAUUUUGGCUCAUUCCCUUUUUAUACGAAUAUAUACUUGUAGGGAUACCUACUUGCUUUUUUACUUCUCACUUUUUAGAUGUAUGUGAUGAAAAUUAGUUUGCUAUGUCAGUAUUUAUUAUUCACCUCUUUUGCUAGAAAGGUAUUUGAAUCUUGCAAGUGAGCAAGUAAAUAAAGCAUUUCAUUAAUGUGUAA